AUGGAGGCAUCUUUGGGGAUUCAGAUGGAUGAACCAAUGGCUUUUUCUCCCCAGCGUGACCAGGUUCAGGCGGACGGCUCGUUAAAAAAACAUGAGCAGAAUUUUAAGCUACCAGGUGUUAAAAAAGAUAUUGAGAAGCUUUAUGAAGCUGUACCACAGCUUGGUAAUCUAUUUAAGAUUAAGGACAAAAUUGGAGAAGGCACUUUUAGCUCUGUUUAUUUGGCCACAGCACAGUUACAAGUAGGACCUGAAGAGAAAAUAGCUCUGAAACAUUUAAUUCCAACAAGUCAUCCUAUAAGAAUUGCAGCUGAACUUCAGUGCCUAACAGUGGCUGGGGGGCAAGACAAUGUCAUGGGAGUUAAAUACUGCUUUAGGAAAAAUGAUCAUGUGGUUAUUGCUAUGCCGUAUCUGGAGCAUGAGUCCUUUUUGGACAUUUUGAAUUCUCUUUCUUUUCAAGAAGUACGGGAAUAUAUGUUUAAUCUGUUCAGAGCUUUGAAACGCAUUCAUCAGUUUGGUAUUGUUCACCGUGAUGUUAAACCCAGCAAUUUUUUAUAUAAUAGGCGCCUAAAAAAGUAUGCAUUGGUAGACUUUGGUUUGGCCCAAGGAACCCAUGAUACCAAAAUAGAGCUUCUCAAACUUGUCCAUUCUGAAGCUCAACAGGAGAGUUGUUCACAAAAUAAAUCCCAUAUAAUCACAGGAAACAAGAUUUCCUUGAUUGGCCCAGCAGCACCUAAGGAGCUCGAUCAGCAGCCUACCAUGAAGACCGUGAAAAGGCCCUAUACAAAUGCACAAAGUCAGAUUAAACAAGGAAAAGAUGGAAAGGAGGGAUCUGUAGGCCUUUCUGUCCAGCGCUCUGUUUUUGGAGAAAGAAAUUUCAAUAUACACAGCUCCAUUUCACAUGAGAGCCCUGCAGUGAAACUUAUGAAGCAGUCAAAGACUGUGGAUGUACUAUCUAGAAAGUUAGCAACAAAAAAGAAGCCUAUUUCUACAAAAGUUAUGACUAGUGGUGUGAUGAGGAAAACUGCCAGUUCUUGCCCAGCUAGCCUGACCUGUGACUGCUAUGCAACAGAUAAAGUUUGCAGCAUUUGCCUUUCAAGGCGACAACAGGUUGCCCCUAGGGCAGGUACACCAGGAUUCAGAGCACCAGAGGUUUUGACAAAGUGCCCCAAUCAAACCACAGCAAUUGACAUGUGGUCUGCAGGUGUCAUAUUCCUUUCUUUGCUUAGUGGGCGGUAUCCAUUUUAUAAAGCAAGUGAUGAUUUAACUGCUUUGGCUCAAAUUAUGACAAUUCGUGGAUCCAGGGAAACUAUCCAAGCAGCUAAAACUUUUGGCAAGUCGAUAUUGUGUAGCAAAGAAGUCCCAGCACAAGACUUGAGAAAACUUUGUGAGAAGCUCAGAGGUAUAGAUUCUAACACUCUGAAAUUAACAAGCGGUGUACAAGGGCCUGCUUCUCGUGACCCAACAUUUUCAGAGAAGACUGACCAUAAAGUUUCUCACCUUAUACAAACACCUGAAACACAGCAUUCAGGAAAUUCAUUGUAUAAAGGAGACAGUAAUGGCUGUGGGGGUGGUUUGGAUACAGAUACUACCAAUUUAGCAGGCUGGAAUGAGGUACCUGAUGAAGCUUAUGACCUGCUUGAUAAACUUCUAGAUCUAAAUCCAGCUUCAAGAAUAACAGCUGAAGAGGCUUUGUUGCACCCUUUUUUUAAAGAUAUGAGCUUGUGA